AUAUAUAAACGCCCUCCGCCCUCUGCAUUCGUUCUCUCCUCUCUCUCUCUCUCUCUCUCUCUAGUAUCGACAAUGGCGGCAGCGAAUGGAGUCGUCUCGCCGGGUGGAUCGCCAGGGAUGAUCGUCAGCUUCGGCGAGAUGCUGAUCGACUUCGUGCCGACGGUGUCGGGGGUGUCACUAGCGGAGGCGCCAGGCUUCGUCAAGGCCCCUGGGGGGGCGCCGGCCAACGUGGCCAUCGCCGUCGCCAGGCUCGGAGGCCGGGCGGCGUUCGUCGGCAAGCUCGGCGACGACGAGUUCGGGAAAAUGCUAGCCGGGAUCUUGAAGGAGAACGGCGUGAGCGGCGACGGAAUCCUCUUCGACAAGGGCGCGCGUACGGCGCUGGCCUUCGUCACGCUCCUCGCCCACGGCGACCGUGAGUUCAUGUUCUACCGGAACCCUAGCGCUGACAUGCUUCUGACGCCGGAAGAGCUCAACCUCGAUCAAAUCCGAUCCGCUAAAAUAUUUCACUAUGGGUCAAUAAGCUUGAUCGUGGAGCCAUGCAGAUCGGCCCAUUUGAAGGCAAUGCAGGUGGCAAAGGAAGCCGGCGCCUUGCUCUCCUACGACCCCAAUCUCCGGCUGCCGUUGUGGCCGUCGCCUGAGGAGGCACGUAAGCGAAUCCUCAGCAUUUGGGACCAGGCGGAGGUGAUCAAGGUUAGCGACGUCGAGCUCGAGUUCCUCACAGGGUCUGACAAGAUCGACGACGAAUCAGCCAUGUCCCUCUGGCACCCCAAUCUAAAGCUCCUCCUCGUCACGCUCGGCGAAAAGGGUUGUAGAUAUUACACUAAGAACUUCCGGGGAGCUGUGGACGCAUUCCAUGUCGAAGCAGUGGACACAACCGGCGCCGGCGACUCCUUCGUCGGAGCUCUGCUGUGCAAAAUUGUCGACGAUCGAUCUAUCCUUGAGAAUGAAGGAAAGUUGAGGGAAGUGCUUAAAUUUGCAAAUGCGUGUGGAGCCAUCACAACCACCAAGAAAGGAGCUAUCCCCGCCCUUCCCACCGAGUCCAAAGCUUUGGCUCUGAUUGCCGGGAAGUGAGUAGUCGUCGGCAUCACUGGCCGGCGCUCUCUGUUUAUUUUCUUCUUCUUUUAUGUAUUUCUGUUGUUUGUAUUCUUGCUUGGUUGUGGUAGUUGCUUGCUGUUGAAACAAAGUAGGUCAGCUACAUGUGUCUUUGAAAUUUUGAUUUGGUCGUCCAUCCAUCUGCAUUGAACGAUAAAGACUUCUUAGUGCUUUGUGUCUUCUAAUAAACAAGGGUUCUUUUUGCAUUUCAA